AUGGAUAAAAUUAAAAGAUUAACAAAAGACUUGAGAUAUAUUAAUUCUGAAUACUUCCAACAAUUUGAAUGGAAAAUUAAAUUAAAGACAGAAUGUCAAAAAUGUUCAGAUUUUAUUUUACUUGAAAAAAUAAUUGGAAAACCCAAUCCUGAUUUGAAUGAAGUAAAAGAGAAAUGUAAAUUUGUAAUUGAAUAUUCAGAAAAGGAAUUAAAAUUAAAUAAAAAUUCAGAAGAGUCUAAACAAAUUGAGGAAAUAUUUAAAUUAUUAAAAUUAGUUAAAUCACUUUUAACUGAGCAACAUAAAAAUUUAAAUAAAUUGUUUGAAAAUUUAAAUAAAGCAACUAAUUUAAUUGAUAAUACAAAUCCAAUGAUUGCUUAUUUUAAUGAAUUAAAGGAAAUUGAGGAAAAUGCAAAGUUUAGGGCUUCACGUAUUUUACAAUUUUGGAAAGGGCCUAGAAAAGUAAUUUUUGAUGAAAAAGAAAUUAAACGACAAGACGAGAUUAUUAAAGGAAUGGAGAAAUUAAUUGAAGAUGAAGAAAAUGUUAAAGAAUUUGAUGAACGAUUGAAAAAUAAAUUUGAUUUUUUGGUGAAAAAUUGGGAAAAAUUGUUUUCCAGCAAAGAAAUAAAAACGAAAGAAAUUGUUGAAAAAGAAGAAAAAAAUAUUUUUUACAAGCAAAUAUUGCCUGGAAGUGAAGAAAUUAAAAAGAAAUUUGAAAAUUCUGGUGAUCUAUUUGUUGGAUAUUGUUUAACUAAAAGAAUUAAAAAUUCAUUCAAUAAAGAUGGAACUGUGAAAUCUUCUCAAUUCUUGGGUGAUGGGGUUGGACAGGAAUAUGGAUGGGAAUUGAAAGAAGUUUUGGGGCAGAAACGCAUUGAUAUUGGACAUUACGAGAAUAAACAAAAACAAAUUAAAGAAAAAUUAAAAAAUGUGUGUAUGAAUGUGGAGGAAGUAAAUUUCAAAAAUAAAUGUGAAUUAUUUUUGGAACAUGAAUUACAAUUUUGGCAUUCUUUUUGUUCUAUUGAUACAGAACAUUUACGUUUGGAACAUUUUGAAGAAAUGAAUGUUGUUACUAAUGGUUAUGAAAACAAAAAAGAAGAAAAAGAAAAAGAUUCUUUUGAGGAAGCAACAUUUGAAGGAUCUGGAGAAGAUAGUAAAUUUGAAGGAGAAAUUGAAGAAUUUGGAUAUUGAGAAGAGAAAAAAGUGUAUAAAAAAGAAUGUACAUAUUAGUGGUAGUUGGAAAAAUUUUUUUAAGUAAAAUUUAAGAGAAUGUAAGAAAAAAUUCAUCCGUUUAAUUGGAUGUUGAAAUAUCAU